ACUUAAGCAAAAUAUUAAAAUGAUUAAUAGUUGUUUUAAUAAAUUGUAUAAUAACACUCCAAAUUAAAAUAUUUAUAAGGCUACAAAACAAAAAUGCAUUGCUAUUUUUGUAAUGGAUUCUACAGUCCAAGUUAUGGAGAACCUGUUUGUUCAAUUUGUCAUGCAUUUUUGUUUCCCGAUUUUCUCGAAACUCAUGUAAAUGUGUUCUUUCAAACACAGCAGGAAAUUGACGAUGGCGACAGUGGAAACGAUGAGCCAACAGAUCCAUAUUACAGUGCCGAAAGUCGUGAACACAAAAACAAUAAUGUGCCAGAAGUACUCGUUGACCUGGAUGCCGUUGAAUUACCCCCACCAAGUGUUAGUGACGAGAAUAGUUCCACUCCGGUUGAUAUAAUAGCACUGCCCACGGUUGAAGAACAAUUAGAAAGAAUGUCAACCUUACAGAUUACAUCGAAGAAUUCGAAUGGUUUUGUUAGUGAUAUUACAUGUUUACCACCUGAGGUCAUGUUAACAGUACUCUCAUAUUUAGAUGAAUUAUCCCUGUGGAGUGUCGGAAAUGUUUGUCGACAAUGGCGAAAGCUUCUUGAUUUGUAUAUGCAUCCAUCGAAUUGGGGUAAAUAUACGGUACGACGUUGGCCGUUAUUUAAACCUUUCAAUAAAAUUGAAGAUUGGUUUGAGACGUAUUCGAAUUUAAUUCGAAGUUCAUGCUGUUUAUCGUGUAUUCGACAAAUGGCGUUACAAAAAACACCAAACGAAGAAGAAAAUCAUUGGCGACGUAAUCGUUUACGCAGUGAAUUAAAAUUAAUGCGUACUGAUCCACCUGAAGGGAUACAAGCAAUGCCAUUAGAUCAAAUGACAUGUUGUCAUUGGCAAGCGACAAUUAAAGGACCCACUGGUAGUCCAUAUGAAGGCGGCCUAUUUUAUUUGUAUAUUCAAGUACCUUAUAGUUAUCCAAUGUGUCCUCCAAUUGUACGAUUUUUGACGAAAAUAUUCCACCCGAACAUAUCCAGACAUGGUGAUAUUGGCAUCGAUGCUAUUAAUCAUAAUUGGUCGUUGGCGCUAACUAUUUGCAAAGUGCUUAUUUCAAUUCAGUCAUUAUUAACGGAUCCAUAUACUGAGGUGUCAAUGGAACCAGACAUAGCCAAAUUGUAUGAAACAGAUCGCCAAGCGUAUGAGGAUCAAGCACGUAUUUGGACUUGGAAAUAUGCAAUGAAUGAAUUUUAUAUAUCAACUCAUACUCGAGCGUAUAAUGGUGAAACAUUUUUAGGAUCAUCUUCAUAUCCUCUUCUAAAAUUAUAGGACGAAAAACUAAUUACUAUAAAACAAUAUAUUUUUACACAUUCAAAC